GUCCCAGCCAGUGUCGCAGAGGUGGGGAGGGCAAGGGCAGAGCCUGAGCUCCAGUCCCUCCUUCUCCUCCCUGGUCCUCCGUUGCUAAGCAGUUUCUAUGGCAGCAGCAUCCUCAGACUCAACUUUCACCCUCAUUUAGAGCCAAUUAAGGUAAAAUAGUGAGGGGAGGGGGCAGAGUGGCAACGUAGCUGGGAGGCAGGGAAGCUCCUGGAGGCUGCGGGCGAAGCUUUACUCCGUGAGCCUCACAGGCACAGACACAGACACAGCUGCAGUCCCCUCGCUGGCUCGCUGUGCUGCAGCCUGCUGACGAGGCUGAGCAGUCACACUGGAGACCUCAGGACCCUUGGCCAGCCCAGGAGAUCGCGCUCCUUCCCACCGUCCACUCCAGCCUGGCCUGCCGGCCCCAGCCUCUGGCAUCCUGUCGUGAGCCGAUUCUCCCGCGGCUGCUUGGUGGCCGUGCUUGUUUCCUUUCUUACUACCAGCGCUUGAUUGGGGGAGAAGGAAAGUUUAGGAGAUGCCGAUUGCACAGCUGCUGGAAUUAUGGAAGAAGAUCGAGGUGGAACCCAUGGAGAUCGAGACCGCAGAGGAGGAACUCAGCCUGGACGUAGAGCCCACCCCGGAAGAUGUCACAGAAGAAGGCAGAGGUGACACGACCCCGUCAGCUGAGACACAGCCAGCCUCGUCAUCGUCCACGGAGGAGGAAGGCAUAGUAAAGGAGAUUGACAUCAGCAACCAUGUGAAGGAAGGCUUUGAGAAGGCAGACCCUUCCCAGUUCGAGCUGCUGAAGGUUCUAGGACAAGGGUCCUAUGGGAAGGUGUUCUUGGUGAGGAAGGUCUCAGGAUCGGAUGCCGGUCAGCUCUAUGCCAUGAAGGUCCUGAAGAAAGCCACCUUGAAAGUGCGAGACCGGGUCAGAUCUAAGAUGGAGAGAGACAUCCUGGCAGAAGUGAAUCACCCUUUCAUUGUCAAGCUGCAUUAUGCCUUUCAGACUGAAGGCAAGCUCUACCUGAUUCUGGAUUUCCUGCGGGGAGGGGACCUCUUUACCAGACUCUCCAAAGAGGUCAUGUUCACUGAGGAGGAUGUCAAGUUCUACCUGGCUGAGUUGGCCUUGGCUCUGGACCACCUUCACGGCCUGGGGAUCAUCUACAGGGAUCUGAAGCCAGAGAAUAUCCUCCUGGAUGAAGAGGGACAUAUUAAGAUCACAGAUUUUGGCUUGAGCAAGGAGGCCAUUGACCAUGACAAGAGAGCCUAUUCGUUCUGUGGGACUAUCGAAUACAUGGCGCCCGAGGUGGUGAACCGGCGGGGACACACACAGAGUGCUGACUGGUGGUCUUUCGGUGUGCUCAUGUUCGAGAUGCUCACAGGGUCCCUGCCGUUCCAGGGGAAGGACAGGAAGGAAACGAUGGCUCUCAUCCUCAAAGCCAAGCUGGGCAUGCCACAGUUCCUCAGCGUGGAGGCCCAGAGCCUGCUGAGGGCCCUCUUCAAGCGGAAUCCCUGCAACCGGCUAGGUGCUGGCAUUGAUGGAGUGGAGGAGAUUAAGCGCCAUCCUUUCUUUGUCACCAUAGACUGGAAUAAGCUGUACCGCAAGGAGAUCAAGCCACCCUUCAAGCCCGCAGUGGGAAGGCCUGAGGACACCUUCCACUUUGACCCCGAGUUCACUGCAAGGACCCCCACAGACUCCCCCGGAGUCCCCCCAAGUGCAAACGCCCAUCACCUGUUCAGAGGAUUCAGUUUCGUGGCCUCCAGCCUGGUCCAGGAGCCCUCACAGCAAGACGUGUCCAAGGCUCCUAUCCAUCCAAUUGUGCAGCAGUUACACGGGAACAACAUCCACUUCACCGACGGCUAUGAGAUCAAGGAGGACAUCGGGGUCGGCUCCUACUCGGUGUGCAAGCGGUGUGUACACAAAGCCACCGAUGCCGAGUAUGCCGUGAAGAUCAUCGAUAAGAGCAAAAGGGACCCGUCGGAAGAGAUCGAGAUCCUCCUGCGGUAUGGCCAGCACCCCAACAUCAUCACCCUAAAAGAUGUCUAUGAUGAUGGCAAGUACGUGUACCUGGUGAUGGAGCUCAUGCGCGGCGGGGAGCUGCUGGACCGCAUCCUGCGUCAGCGGUGCUUCUCGGAGCGUGAGGCCAGCGACGUGCUCUACACCACUGCCAGGACCAUGGACUACCUGCACUCCCAAGGGGUUGUUCACCGGGACCUGAAACCAAGUAACAUCCUCUACAUGGAUGAGUCUGGAAACCCCGAAUCUAUCCGCAUCUGUGACUUCGGGUUUGCCAAGCAGCUUCGAGCAGAGAAUGGGCUGCUCAUGACCCCCUGCUACACCGCGAACUUCGUGGCCCCUGAGGUCCUGAAACGGCAAGGCUACGAUGCAGCGUGCGAUGUCUGGAGCUUGGGAAUCCUGUUAUACACCAUGCUGGCCGGGUUCACCCCUUUUGCCAACGGACCAGACGACACCCCUGAGGAGAUUCUGGCAAGGAUUGGCAGUGGGAAGUACGCCCUCUCCGGGGGGAACUGGGACUCCAUAUCUGACGCAGCAAAGGAUGUCGUGUCCAGGAUGCUACAUGUGGACCCUCAGCAGCGCCUAACGGCAGCUCAGGUGUUGAAACACCCAUGGAUUGUGAACAGAGAGUACCUACCCCAAAGCCAGCUGACCAGACAAGACGUCCACCUAGUAAAGGGCGCCAUGGCAGCCACCUACUUCGCCCUGAACAGGGCCCCACAGGCACCGAGGCUGGAGCCCGUGCUAUCGUCUAGCUUGGCCCAACGCAGAGGUAUGAAGAGACUCACGUCCACCAGGUUGUAGUGGCCAAGCCUGCCCUCCAGCCUCAGCCUCCCUGGCGCCAACGUCCUCUCAGGCUCCCAGAUGCCAGAUACGGGUCCUGUUGGCGGGCACUUGAGUGACCGUGAGGGCAGCACAAGGAUGGAUCUGGCCUUGGCAGCCCUGGAGGGGGUCCUGCCCAGGAUGUCUGAACCUUGCUGUGCCGACCUCGCCGCCCGCUCUCCUUUUCUCCUGAGUGAAACCAAACGAACCUGUCCACCUCAUAGCUCCCUGCUGGAGCCUGCCUGAGCUCGCUCGGGGCUCUUGGUCUUUCCAUGUCAUGGCUUAUGUCCAAAGCACAGCACUUUUACCAUUCUGAAGUCAGCAGAGCGGUCAGCCGCUCACAAGGGUGUCCUGCUGUCGCGUUAAGAGUAGCGGUGCAGGGUCCCCGCCAGGGGACCACAGAGCUGCUCUGGAAGAUCGGGAUGCUCCCGGGUGUUCUGAUGUCUCCAGUGGCUGUGUGAUGGCAUCCACCUUAAAUGCCUGGUCUGUCCAAAGUCACCCAAAGAGUGUCCCCUCACCACCCCUCUGGUUCACAAACGAGAUGCUGGGUGGCCUCUCCCUGACUUCCGGCACUCACUUGUCAGGGUGGAAGUCCCCAACCCAAGAGUCGAGAUGGCUGAGCCUGUUUGAGAGCCUGGCUGGUGACCGUUGAAGCUGCCAGGCGGACACUGGAGAGUGCGGGGCUCCGCCACUGGCACGUGUGCGGGCAGCUCCGCACGAGUUUGCCCGAGGUGGGUGGUAGGGCAUUCACCCUCUGCUUCCCUGGUCCACAGAGAAACUGAAGAAGUGGAACUUUAUUUCCACCCUCCCCCCCCCAGCCCUCCCUUUCGCCUGACUGAGGACAGGAGGGACACCUGAGCCCCUUGGCCUCAGACAGGUGUCAGGACAGGCUGUUGACCGGAGUGAUGCCCUUUGCAGAAGCCGUGGUUCUGUGUCGCGCCUUGCGCUUCUGUCGUGUCGACCUGUCUUGAAAUCACACUUCGCCAAUCGUGUUUCCGGGGUGUAGUCUGCGUGCGGAGCAGUGGUGACGCAGAGAAGGCUGUCUGCGUGCUCUUUGUGCAGAUUAAUCGAGGGAGACCCUUCCUGCGUGGCAUGCUCCACUCAGGCUGGCCCUGGGAGAGGGACUUGUAUGUCCUCCAGUCUCUCCGGGGAGGGGGGAUGCUGGGGAUACCCCAGUAGUGGGCUCAGGUCAGAGGACACUCCACUGUGGCUCAGAAGCUGCCAGUCUGAGGGGCAGCCCCCCUGCCCAGGAGGUGUAGGAAGGUUGCAGCAAGCUCGCACUGGAAAGUCUGCAAGUGGGCUGUAGCCCCCCCCCCCGUGCCUCACUUAGCUCGAGGACCCAGCCCCUGCCCCCAGUGGGGCGCCGGGAAUGUAAUUCCUUUGCUCGGUCUAAUUAUUUCAGACCUCGAAAUGUAAACUUAUUUCACAAGCUUUAAUUACGCCACUGGACUGUGUUUUGUUUGACGACUAUAAAAUACACAAGAGUGGGAACAGACUGUGGCUGUGUGCCGUUUUCAGUGUCCCUAGGGAAGUUCUCACAUUUUCUCAAUGGAAAAUGCUCUGCCCAAGGCUGAAAUCACCUCCCUGCCGAUUUUUUAGGUCUGGGUCCUUCCGUUUCUUGGUAGAAAUCUAGAGGAAAGCAAUAGCAGGUGGUCCUAGUGACAGAUGCUGUCCUCUUGGAAAUGGGCAAGAGUCCUGAAAUCCUAUGGGGGGGGGCUCUCCAGCUUGGGUCAUAUGCCUGUUUGUCCACAGCGUUCGGGCUGGGUUUGUUUGCGGUUUCAAAUCUACGAGUUGCAAUGGAGAAGAGAAAGAAUAAGGGAACAUAGAAGCCAUUGCUGAGGAGGUGAACAUAGCCCGCCCCCGCUGGUCACAUGGUCCUGUCGCCUCUUUUCAGUAAGGCCAGGUUACCUGCCUUACGCUCACGCUCACACACAUACCAAACUCUGUAUCUUUGACGUGUCCGUGAAGCAUGUCACGUGUCUGUGGAGGACGCUGGUUCAGCCCUGCCCGGUGGAGAGUGAAAUACCUCGACGCCCCCCCCCCCACACCCAGCACAUGAUACUUGAAAUCUUUGGUAGAGUCAGCCUACAGAGCAUGGGGCAGGGUUAUCUUAAUCUGCUCUUUUAAAGUUUGCGGUGCAGCAGCAGGCGGCUGUGACAUGUGACCCCAGUGUCCCUAGUGGACCUUGCCUCUCCUGUGAACCUUUAUCCAACACGAUGAAAGGUCCUCUGUUCUCUACACAAGUGACUGAGUUCCCCACACAUGCACGCACACACACUCACACACGCGCACACAUGCACCCCGCCACAGCUUGGGUCUCCGAAGCUACAGAAUUUUGUCAUGGAAGGAAAACCCCAGCCUGCAUCCCAUGCCUCCCGUACGUCUACGCAGUGAUCCCGCUGGCCGCUCCUGUCCUGUUUGGGAUGAGAACAUGAUGAGUGCCCCACCCCACUGAAGGGGGCGGGGCUUAUCAGACUCUACCCACUGUCCUGCAGUCGGAACGUGCGAUUUUUUUUAAACUACCUGUACGCCCUGAUUCAACUUUUUUAAGAAGAUAGCACCCUGUGCUAUCAUGUCGGCAGUAUUGUUUAUAAAUGGUGUUGUUCCUGAAGAUGCCCUCGGGGAUGUUCCCUGCAUUGUACUGAUUCUCUCAAGCACAGAAGCAAAUAUGCCGUUGACUCUUCAUCCUCUCUGGCGUGUUUUGCCGUCCUUCGCCGCUGGCAAGAGAGUGAGACACCCGGAGUGGGAAAAGGACACUGUGUGCCAGGGAAGGAGGGAAGACGAAUCCAGCACGGCUCUAUGCCUCAUCCGUGCAGGCAACACAACACCUGGUCUCCUUGCCCCCCCCAGCACCGCAUUCACACGCAGUUCCGUUUACAGGUCACUCCGUGUUCACACCGCGCACACACCGCAUUCACACCGCGCUCACACUUUCUGUCUGUGUUUGAGACGGGUGGCCACUGUACAGAUAUUUAUUAUGCUUUCCAGACUUUCCCAUGAGGUUUUUUUUUUGAAUAAACAUGGAUUUUAUGAAGUGUAA